ACAAUAUAUUCAUCCAGCAUAUGAUCUCUGCUCAGGCUGCUUCUUGCUCUUGUGUCAGAAAGGAGUGCAAGAAAGGAGUGCUGCUCUAUUUGAGAAAGAAAGUAACCUAACACUGACUGCAGGCGGGGUCAGAGUGAUGUAACAGGAAGCUCUGAUGUUUCCCUCCUGCUGCUGAUCACUUACAAUCUGACAACACGUCCAAUCCACUCAGUCCAACCCUUCUCUCUCCAGCAGUGUCAACUCCUGCUUCAGGACUAGCCAGCUCUGCUAACUGGACCUCACACUGCCUGCAGGAGCGCAUUGCAAGGCUUUCUCUCUUCCCCACCUUGCCUGAGGGAACGGAGGGAGAGUGCAGAUCUCUUCUGUGGAAACUCAGAAUAUCAAAUUCCAUCCUAAGACUAUUUCAUCAGGAAUUUCCUUAGAAGCUGUCCUGGGUUGCUACGAUGAUACACCCACCACUUAUAUUGCCACCUGUCAAAACUGUGGAUGACCCUACUUUCAGGUCAUGACCCUUGCAUUUAGAAACCCUUCACGACUACCCUGAAUAUGAUCCAAGAAAAUGUGAUUUGAGUCUGGAGACAACUGCAUAUAUCAUCUAAUAAUAAAAGCUCAGGAGAGUGGAUAGAAGAAAAUACAAUAUUAGAAACACUGCUGCAAUUAAACAGAAGUGUUACUUCGAGAUUGAUUUAUACCAGAAAACAUACUUCUUUUUGGCUUUAAUAAUGGACAAAAAGUGCAUUCUGUAUUUUCUAAUUUUCUUGUCAUUUUUAAUGAUUGUUGUCACUGCAGAAUUGCAAGUGAGCCCUGAUGAUUUAACUCAACUAGGGGUCACCAGAAAUAAGAUCAUGACAGCUCAAUAUGAAUGUUACCAAAAAAUUAUGCAAGAUCCCAUUCAACAAUCAGAAGGCGUUUACUGCAAUCGCACCUGGGAUGGGUGGCUGUGCUGGAAUGAUGUUGCCGCAGGCACAGAGUCAAUGCAGCACUGCCCGGAUUACUUCCAGGACUUUGACCCGUCAGAAAAAGUUACAAAGAUCUGUGACCAAGAUGGAAACUGGUUUAGACAUCCAGCAAGCAACCGAACGUGGACAAAUUAUACCCGGUGUAAUGUGAACACACAUGAGAAAGUGAAGACUGCACUAAAUUUGUUUUACUUGACUAUAAUUGGACAUGGACUAUCCAUUGCUUCACUGCUUAUUUCACUUGGCAUAUUUUUUUAUUUCAAGAGCCUAAGUUGCCAAAGGAUCACCUUACACAAAAAUCUGUUCUUCUCCUUUGUUUGUAAUUCUAUUGUGACGAUCAUCCACCUCACUGCAGUAGCCAACAACCAGGCUUUAGUGGCCACAAAUCCCGUUAGCUGUAAAGUCUCCCAGUUCAUUCAUCUUUACCUGAUGGGCUGUAACUACUUUUGGAUGCUCUGUGAAGGCAUUUACCUUCACACUCUCAUUGUGGUGGCUGUGUUUGCAGAGAAGCAACACUUAAUGUGGUAUUAUUUUCUUGGUUGGGGAUUUCCACUGAUUCCUGCUUGUAUACAUGCCAUUGCCAGAAGCUUGUAUUACAACGACAAUUGCUGGAUCAGUUCUGAUACCCAUCUCCUCUACAUUAUCCAUGGCCCGAUUUGUGCUGCUUUACUGGUGAAUCUUUUUUUUCUAUUGAAUAUUGUACGUGUUCUCAUCACCAAGUUAAAAGUUACACACCAAGCAGAAUCUAAUCUCUACAUGAAAGCUGUGAGAGCCACUCUUAUCCUGGUGCCAUUGUUGGGCAUUGAAUUUGUGCUGAUUCCGUGGCGGCCUGAAGGGAGGAUAGCAGAGGAGGUAUAUGACUACAUCAUGCACAUCCUCAUGCAUUAUCAGGGCCUUUUAGUCUCUACGAUUUUCUGCUUCUUUAAUGGAGAGGUUCAAGCAAUUUUGAGAAGAAACUGGAAUCAAUACAAAAUCCAAUUUGGAAACAGCUUUUCCCACUCAGAUGCUCUUCGUAGUGCAUCUUACACAGUGUCAACAAUCAGCGAUGUUCCAGGUUUCAGUCAUGAUUGUCCAAGUGAACACUUAAAUGGAAAAAGCUUCCAUGAUAUGGAAAAUGUUGUGUUAAAACAGGAAAAGCUGUAUGAUUUAGUUAUAUGAAAAAACAGAGAUCAUUGACUAGUGCCACUUCUGAACCAAGGACUUGGAUCCACAUCUAUACAGCUAGAAGACAUCAGUGUUGUAUGGAAUUCCUGAGAGCCAUAAAAAAAAAUCCUAACAGGGAAUCAGAUAUGUUAGGACAGAUGUUUAACAACAAUCUCUAGGUGUGCAAAUCAUUCUGAUUUAUAAUGUUAGCCAGUAAAAAUACUGCCACUGUGGCUGAACUCCAGCUACCAACUGAAAACUAGCAAAUAUGAACUUGGAAAAAGAUAAGCACAAUCAACCCUCAUGUGUUGGGUUGAGCAAGCUCCAGUAUACCUGCAUGAAUUUACUUUGGUCUAACUCUAACCUUACUGCUUACAGAGAUCCAAAUAGAUCCUAAGCACAUGGAGGAAAAUGAACAUUUUUUGAUCGUUUGUAUUUAAAAUCGUCAUCUUAUCUUCCUGGGUGUAGUAUUUUCUUUCUCUCAAAAUAUUUCAUCCUUUUUUUUUUUUUUUGCAAUUAACAUGUGAAAUGGACUAGACAGAGUUAAUGAUUCCUACUAGUUUGCCCUCUUGUAAGAAAAGCAGCUGAGCACAAUUGCUUUAAGCUGCUCCUUUGCUGACUCAUCACAAGUUUUUCCUGUGGCAUAUCCACUUUCAAGAGUUGGUGAACAGGAUGUGUAAUAUACACCCUUAGUUCUUUCUCAUUAGGGAGACAUCCUGGUUAUAUUACAAAACACCUUCUCAGUUACUUCCUAGCUUGCUACACAAGUUGGAACGGGGAUCAGUUUCUCUGUACUUGUCAACAGAAAUUGUGUCCUUCCAUUUCUAUUAUAUAGAUCGCUUAGCAAUCAUUUUACAUGAAGGAAGUCAAUGAAGGAUUUCUUAUUUUUUGAGAAACUGUAAAGAAGUAGUGAAAAAUGAGCUUGUGAACACUGCAUUACUAUUUUGUAUUCUCACAUCAAAUACAUGAACUUUAGGUGAUUCUUAAAAGCAAAUACACAAUGCAAUAAUGUACACAUGCUAAUAUCUGAUACUGUGUCUGGGCUGAUUUUAUAAUAAAAAAUAGAGUCUGGAAUUCUA